AUGGACCGCCACGCGCAAGCGGUCGCCAAGAUCGCCACCGCCGUGCGCGGCUUCUUCGACAAGCGCGAGCCGUACCGCAUCUUCCACGGCUCCACCAACAGCACGCGGCCGCGGCCGGGCCCCGGCGCGCGCGUCGUCGACAUCAGCGCCCUGUCGCACGUGGUGGGCGUCGACGGGGCCCGGCGCACCGCCCUGGUCGAGCCCAACGUCCCCAUGGACCGGCUGGUCGAGACGACCCUGCGGCACGGCCUGGUGCCCCCCGUGGUGAUGGAGUUCCCCGGCAUCACGGCCGGCGGCGGCUACGCCGGCACGGCCGGCGAGAGCAGCUCCUUCCGCCACGGCUUCUUCAGCGACACGGUCGACUCGGUCGAGAUGGUCCUGGGCAACGGCGACGUGGUCACGGCGUCGCGCGACGAGCGCCCGGACCUGUUCGCCGGGGCGGCGGGCGCCGUCGGCACGCUCGGCAUCACCACCCUGCUGGAGCUGCGGCUGGUCCAGGCCCGCCGGUUCGUGCGCACCACGUACCACCGCGCGGGGAGCGUGGCCGAGGCCCUCGACCGGCUGCGCCGCGAGACGCGCAACCCCGAAAACGACUACGUCGACGGCAUCCUCUUCUCCAAGGACCACGGCGUCGUCGUCACGGGCACAAUGACCGACGACGGGCCCCCGCCCGGCGGCAAGGUCCAGACGUUCAGCCGCGCCCGCGACCCGUGGUUCUACCUCCACGUGCGGGACAGGACCGCCGCCGCCCGCCCGUCGUCGUCGUCGUCGUCGUCGUCGUCGUCGUCGUCGUCGUCGUCGCCGCCGGUCGACCAUAUCCCCCUGGCCGAGUACCUCUUCCGCUACGACCGCGCCGGCUUCUGGGUCGCCGCCCAGGGCUGGACCUACUUCAAGUACGUGCCCUUCAACCGCCUGACGCGCUGGCUGCUCGACGACUUUGUCCACACGCGCAUGCUGUACCGCGCGCUCCACGCGUCCGGCGAGUCGGCCCGCUUCGUCGUCCAGGACAUGGCCGUGCCCUACGCCCAGGCCGAGGCGCUGGUCGACUACGCCGCCGACGGCUUCGGCAUCUGGCCGCUCUGGCUGUGCCCCCUGCGCCAGACCCCGCCGCCCACCUUCCACCCCUGCACGGGCGAGACGGAGCCGGAGCCGGGCCCGGACGGCCGCCCCGUCCCCAGCGACAUGGUCAACGUCGGCCUCUGGGGGUGGGGCCCCGCCGACCCCGUCGACUUCGUCGCCAGGAACCGCGCGCUCGAGCACGCGCUCGCCAAGCUCGGCGGCAGGAAGUGGCUGUACGCGCACACCUACUACGACGAGGCGGAGUUCUGGGGCGUCUACGACGGCGGCGCGACCGGCUGGUACGACGCCCUGCGCGCCAAGUACCACGCCGCCACGCUGCCCACCGUCCACGAAAAGGUGCGCAUCGAACCCGCCGACGCCGCGGCGGGGUGCGGGCGGAGGCGCGCGCUCAAGAGAAGGUGGCCCGUCGGCGGGCUGCACGGCAUCUGGCAGUCCAUCAAGAGCAAGGACUACCUCCUGCACCGCCGCGCGCAGUGGAAGUACAAGGGCGAAGACUGA